AUGUCGCUGGAAGAGAGGCUCGACAAGAUACGCUCGCAGCCAAAGCUGCAGAACCAGCAGCAGACAGCAGUCGUGCUCUCCGCUGUCGAAGAUACCCUCCGUGUCCAGCACUCCGAGCCCACGCCCACAGCAUACUUCGCUGCGCUGCUAUCUCUACUCAACCAGACAAUAUCCUCAACCCAAGGCGUGGUCAAUAAGGAGCUCGCCUCCGCCGUCGUGUAUCUCCUCGACCUCAUCACCCCAUACGUUCCGGCGCCACUGCUACGCUCGAAGUUUUCACAGAUCCUUACCGGGCUCGCCCCAGCGUUAUCACACUCGGAUGCCGAGGCGCCGCUGCUUCGCUCCUCGAUAGGAUGCCUAGAGUCGCUGCUACUUGUGCAAGACGCGCAGGCAUGGGCGCUGCCGCAAACGCAGGUCAGCCCGCGAAGGGCUGUCGCAGGCCUGCUCACAAUAGCGGUGGAUCACAGGCCUAAAGUGAGGAAGCGGGCACAAGAUGCGUUGACCAAGGUCUUAAGAAACCCUCCUCCGAGUCCCUCGACCGACCACCCGGCGGCCGAUAUGUGCGCGGAGACCGCUUUACGGACCCUCAAGGACAUCGCGGACUCGGCUGGGAAGAGCAGGAAGCACCACAAGCACCAGGACGGACAGCACGAGCCGGGUCUUAUCCACGCGUUACAGCUCGUCAAGACGAUUGCCACCGCAUCUGGAGGCUGGCCGAGCCGCAAGCUUGAUGCCCUCUGCGAGCUGCUGCUCAACAUAUCCAAAUCGAGUAACGAGUACCUGACGAUGGCGGCUUUCGAGAUUUUUGAAGUCAUCUUCACGGACAUGGCUGCAGACGAGGUCUCAUCUGCGAAGCUUCCACGGUUGUUGGAGGUCAUCGCAGAGCUGCAGCCUUCGCAGAACGACUCGCAGCUUCUCCCACCAUGGAUCGCCGUUCUCUCACGAGGAUAUGAUGUCUCUGCUCAGGUCGAGCCCGAAGAGACUUUCCAAAAGCUACCGGACCUUUUCACAAUGAUAUCUAAUUUCCUUGCUUCUCCGUCUCACAAUAUCCGCGAGUCUGCGUCCGAAUGCUUGAUCUCUUUUCUUUCGAAUUGCAUACCUAACAGCGUCUUGCUCGAGCCUUCAAUCUAUGAUGAGAAGGUACUUGAGAAAUUGGCAAAGAUUGUCACGGACUUAUUGAGCGUAAAAUACCAAUCUGCCUGGAUGGAAGUCUUUGCUGUCUUAGGGGCAAUGUUUGAUGCGCUGCGAUGGCGCUCCGCACCUUUACUCUCGGGGGCUGUCAAGGUCGUCGGAGAUCUCAGGGCCAAUGAAUCCUUUACCGGCAAGAAGGAAGCAGAUGCCGUUCUGGCAAAAGCAAUACAGGCCAUGGGUCCGGACAACGUCCUAGAAAUCCUGCCCCUGAAUCUUCUGAAACCGGUGCCAGGUCAGCCAGGACGUGUUUGGCUUCUGCCUCUGAUGCGAGACUCUGUCAGCAACACUCGUCUUGCCCACUUCAGGUCGGAGCUGGUACCCUUGAGCGAGACUAUGUUUCAAAAAGUGCUGGAGCACGGCAACGCGGAGAAGACUAUGCAGAUAAAGAUUUACGAAACGCUCGUGCACCAGGUUUGGGCGACUUUGCCCGGCUACUGCGACCUUCCUCUCGACCUGAUCGAAGCAUUCGACCAAAGUUUCGCAGAGUUGCUGUCCAACUUGCUCUACCAGCAAACAGAUUUGCGUACAGAUAUCUGUCGGGCACUACAGAAUCUGGUCGACUCCAACCAGGCCAUUGCAAACUUGACUGGCGAAGAGGAUCUUGUAGCCCGGUCAAGGGUUUCAAAAGCGGAUGCUCAAAAGAAUCUACAAUAUCUGGCGGGCUUUGCUAAGAACAUGCUUGCCGUAUUGUUUAAUGUUUACAGCCAGACCCUACCCCACUCGCGAGGCCGAAUCCUACAAUGCGUCAACGCCUUCCUAAGCAUCACGCCCGAGAAGGACCUCAUGGAGACUUUCACUCGAGUCGCCACAAUGCUCGAGUCCGCGCUCAAAGAAACCGGUCCCCAAACGCAAGCCGACAAGCAGAAGCAGGAAAAGACAAAAGACAAGAUGCCACCUAUGAGCCACACCCUUAUGGACCUCGUCAUCACAAUCUCCAUCUACCUCCCCCGCGAGAGCUUCGCAACCCUCUUCAGCAUCUCCGCCCUCAUCAUCAACAAACAAGACGACCCGCAGCUCCAGAAAAAGGCAUACAAGCUCCUCCCCCGCCUCGCCGAGUCCGAGACCGGCCGCGCCGCACUCGCAGACCGCAACAAGGAUCUCCAGCACCUCCUCCUCGCGAGCGCUGAAAAGGCCUCCGCGCCCGCCCGCAGAGACAGACUCGCAGCUAUUGCGCAGAUUAUAGCCUUCCUGCCCCCCGAAGACCUCCACUUCAUCCCCUCUGUCCUCUCCGAAGUUGUCAUCUCGGCUAAGGAGGUCAACGAGAAAGCCCGCACCGCCGCCUUCGACCUGCUGGUGCAGAUGGGCGAGAAGAUGGCAGCCGGCGGCACGGUGCUGCAGUCCAAGGUCCCCCAUAUGCCGGACGAUGCGCCCGCUGUGCCUGCCAACCUCGAGGAGUACUUCACGAUGGUCUCGGCGGGGCUGGCAGGGAGUACACCGCAUAUGAUCUCCGCGUCUAUCACGGCGCUCACGAGGAUUCUGUAUGAGUUCCGGGCCGUGUUGGCGGAGGCGGUGAUUGCGGAUUUGGUGCAGACGAUGGACUUGUUCCUAACGAGCAACAACAAGGAGAUUGUGAGGAGCGUGUUGGGGUUUGUCAAGGUGUCUGUUGUGUCGCUGCCGGAGGGGAUCGUGAGGCCCAGGCUGCAGAGCCUGGUCCCGAACCUCAUGGUCUGGAGUAAGGAGCAUAAGCAGCAUUUUAGAGGUAAGGUGAAGCAUAUCCUUGAGAGGAUGAUGAGGAGGUUUGGGGCACAAGAGGUUGAGAAGUGGUGUCCGGAGGCGGAUAGGAAUCUGAUCAAGAACAUCCGCAAGACCAAGGAGAGGAGCAAGCGGAGGAGAGGCGAGGUUGCUGCGGGGGCGGAUGGAGAGCAGGCGCCUGAGAAGAGGAAAGGGAAAUUCGAGAGUGAGUUCGAUGAGGCGGUUUACGGAUCCGAUGAGGAUGCGGAGACGGAGAGUGAAGAUAGCGAUGAUGAGAUGAUGGGUCGUGGGAGUGGGAAGGGGAAGAGGGAGGCGAAGUCGUACAUCGUGGAGGACGAGGAGGAGCCGUUGGAUCUGCUUGACCGGAAAGCGCUGGGUAAUAUCUCCUCUACGAAGCCGGUCAAGAUGCGUCAGCAACCGCAGAAGACGAAGGCGAAGACGGAUCUGGAUGGAAAGCUUGUGCUGGGCGACUCAGACGAUGAGCAGGGAGCGGACGCGGAUAUGCUGGAUAAUGAUCCAGGUGAUGGAACUCUGGAGGGCGGCAUCAACGCGUAUGUGGCUGCUAUUAAGGGACGGGAUGCUGCGAAGCGAGGACAGAAGGGGAAACUGAAGUUCAGUAACAGGAAGAACAAGGGAGACGAUGACGGCGAAGAGAUGGAGGUUGACCAGGAAGUGGUCCGAAAACAGAUCAGGGGAAAGUUGCAGCAGAGAGGCAGAGGAAGGGGUGGCAUGGCCCAGAGGACACAGAGGCGUGGGCUUGGUGUUGAGAAAACCAGGGGUGGACGAGUGGCAAAGCGAGGAGGGAGGCGGUAA